AUGACCGACCCACGAUUCGAGGAGAUCGUCCAAAGUAUGUCGCUGAUGCCCACGGAAAUGGCCCACGCAAUCAUCAACGAUCUUCGUGUUUUGGACGUGCUUAAGUUGCUGGUAUAUGACGAUCCCAGAGUCACUACUGCGAUUGCUUCGCACCCCAGCUGCCGAGACCUGAUCGGCGUGGCCCCCGACACGUUCUGCAAAAGAAAAGAACUGAUCAAAAGCUACUGGAAUCUGGCCCGUCGGAUGGGCAUCGGCUUCAAUGAACGUUGGUAUAGAUCAGUCAUUGGGCUCAAUGUCGGGUGCGUCGAAUUGAAACCCCUCGCCUCGAUCACCGACGACCUUCACGCUCGCAUCUUGAAGCAUAUCCAGAACGAGGCCGAUAUAAUAGAUUUGAAUCGGUUCAUCGUUGGCUCCAAGGGUAUUCCGCAAAUUACAUCUACUGCAUCUUUCGCGCAGCUCGAGGAAUGUUGGACAACGGUGCAUGCGGCUAAAGUUUGCUUUUUCGAACAAGCCUCGGGCCAGCUGCGUCGGGCGUGUACCUUGCUGGAAAACAAUCCCGAUCUCUUGAAACGCACGCUGGACCCAGAACAAAAACGGCGGUCGAAUGAUGAACUUGUCGCCGACGAAAUUGCAAAGAGCGAGAUGCACAACUUGGUUCACACCGAACACUACCGCUACACCUUCUUCCCGCUGACUCCGUUCGACUCUUCUUUGGCAGAGUUGCUUCGGAUGAUGGAUGAUUUUGGCCUAACCGCCGGAGGCGUUUAUUUGCUCAACAAAGACGGUUCCUCGGCUCACGGACCGCAGCAUUCCCCAGUGAUCUACCAGCUUGCUCGUGUCGUGAUUGAUGGCAUGGCCCACCAUUACACCUUCUGGCCCAAAGAUCCGGACCGAUUCAGGCAUUGUCAAGUCACGAAUGAGAACGGCGACACCUUUCGAACAGGGAAUACUCCUUGGUCAGAGCAACCUGACUUGAUAUUGGAUGAGCCGGAGCAAGGACCGUUUUUCACACCCCACAAAUCCGGGACCAAUAAACAAUGGUUUCGACCCCUAGAAUAUGGACGUGAGCCGUUUGACGCCAGGGAAGAAGAAUGGAUGACUUCAUUCGUUGAGCUAUAUCGGUACCUAGAGAGAUUGGGGAACAAGACAACUACCGCUGGAUGA